CUCCCGCGGCCCUGAGGGGGCCUCUCGCCCGCCCGCCCGCCCGCCCGCCAUGGGCCCGCCGUGGCGCCUCCGCUGCUGCUGCUGGUGGUGGUGGACGGUGGCGGCCUGCUGGGGCCUGGCCGUGCUGGGCGCCUGGAGCCGGGCCGAGGUUUGUGACAGCAUCGACAUCCGGAACAAUAUAACCAAGUUCGGCUUGCUUGAAAAUUGCACUGUGAUCGAGGGGCACUUGCAGAUCCUCCUCAUGUUCAAAACGAAGGCUGCUGACUUCCGGGAUCUCAGCUUUCCCAAACUGACAAUGAUCACAGACUACUUGCUGCUCUUCCGGGUCUAUGGCCUAGAGAGCUUGAAGAAGCUUUUCCCUAACCUGACCGUGAUCCGAGGGACUCAACUCUUCUUCAACUACGCCUUGGUCAUCUUUGAGAUGGUUCAUUUGAAGGAGAUCGGCCUUUACAGCCUGAUGAACGUGACCCGUGGCACGGUGAGGAUCGAGAAGAACGACGAACUCUGCUAUCUGUCCACCAUCGACUGGUCUCGGAUUCUGGACUCUGCAGAAGACAACUACAUUAAGUUGAACAAGGACAACAAGGAGGAGUGUGGCGACGUCUGCCCUGGAAUGGUGCAAGGGAAGAGCAGCUGCCCAGCUACCGUCAUCAACGGCAACUUCAUUGAGCGCUGCUGGACCUACGAGCACUGCCAGAGAGUGUGUCCCACGGUGUGCAAGUCGCAGGGCUGCCUCGCAGAUGGCCGGUGUUGUCACCCGGAGUGCCUGGGGAACUGCCUGGAGCCCAACGAUCCGGGGAAGUGCGUGGCUUGCCGGAACUUCAACCUGGAGGGCAAGUGCGUGGAAGCGUGCCCGCCGGGCUACUACCGCUACAAAGGCUGGCGCUGCGUGACUUUCGACUUUUGCCAGGACCUGCACAACAAGUGUAAGAUUGCCCGGCAAUCUGGGUGCCAUGUCAUCCACAACGAAGAAUGCGUUCCUGAUUGUCCCUCGGGGUACACCGUCAACUCUAGCAACCUUCACUGCACUCCCUGUGCAGGGCAGUGCCCCAAAAUCUGCGACUUCACCAAUCCGAAGACGAUCGACUCCAUGACUGCAAUACAGGAUCUGCGAGGCUGCACGGUUGUGAAUGGGAGCCUGGUCAUCAGCAUCCGUGGAGGAAACAACAUCGCGGCUGAGCUGGAGGCCAACCUUGGCUUGAUAGAGGAAAUCUCUGGCUUCCUGAAAAUCCGCCGUUCCUACGCUUUGGUCUCCCUUUCCUUUUUUCGCAAACUCCGUCUGAUUAGAGGGCAGACCUUGGAAACUGGGAACUAUUCCUUCUACGUCCUGGACAACCAGGACCUCCGCCGGCUGUGGGACUGGAACAAGCACAACCUCACCAUUGCUCGGGGGAAGCUCUUCUUCCACUACAACCCCAAGCUGUGCCUCUCAGAGAUCCACAAGAUGGAGGACAUCUCGGGGGCCAAGGGGCGGCAGGAGAAGAACGACAUCGCCGACAAGACAAAUGGCGACCAGGCUUCUUGUGAGGAAGAUGUGCUGAAAUUUUCCUACAUAAAAACAGACAACAACAAGAUUGCUCUGAAGUGGGAGCCCUACUGGCCGCAAGACUACCGCGACCUUCUUGGGUUCAUGCUCUUCUAUAAGGAAGCCCCCUUUCGGAACGUGACCGAGUUUGACGGCCAGGACGUCUGUGGCUCCAACAGCUGGACAGUGGUGGACGUUGACCCUCCUCCUCGGACAGUCCAGCCGGGGUGGCUGCUGUGGAACCUGAAGCCGUGGACCCAGUAUGCCAUCUUCGUGAAGACGUUGGUUGCCUAUCUCGACGAGCGCAAGAUCUACGGGGCCAAGAGCAAGAUCAUCUACGUGCAGACCAACGCCUCCAUGCCUUCCGUCCCACUUGAUCCGUACACAAGUUCCAACUCUUCAUCCCAAAUCUCCGUGAGGUGGAAGCCGCCUCUCGAGCCCAACGGGAACAUCACGCACUACAAGGUGUCCUGGGAACAGCAAGCGGAGGACAGUGAGCUUUACGAGCUGGAUUACUGCCUGAAAGGCUUGAAGGUGCCCUUCCGGGCAGGGUCUCCUCCGCCGGAGUCAGAAGACAUCCAGAAGAAUAACGACAGCAAGAAUGAGGACGUCAACAGCCAGUGUUGCAAGUGCCCCAAAACCGACUCUCAGAUCCAGAAAGAGGUGGAGGAGACUGCCUUCCGGAAGACGUUUGAGAACUACCUUCACAACGAAGUGUUUGUUUCCAGGCCAACCUUCAGGAAGCCGGGAGAGACUCAAAGGGCAGCAUUGCCAACAGCUUCUGUGGUGGCACCAACCCUCCUUCCCGCAGUGAAUGCUUCUGUGGGAUGCCCUCGAGCAAUUCCUGCGGAAUCGCGACCCUAUGAGACGGAGGUCACGAAGGAGUUUUUGGUGAUCUCGAACCUGCGGCACUUCACGGGCUACCGGAUUGAGAUCCAGGCCUGUAACCGCAAGGCCCCCAAAGAAUGCAGUGUGGCCGUUUAUGUCAGUGGCCGAACCGUGCCUGGAGCCAAAGCAGAUGACAUUGUGGGUCCUGUGAGCCACGAGCUGAUUGAGAAGAGCACCGUCCUCUUGAGGUGGCAGGAGCCCCAGCAGCCCAACGGCCUCAUCCUGCUGUACGAAGUGAAUUAUGGACACCCGGGGGAUCCAGAGGAACAUCACCAGUGCAUCUCUCGGAAGCAUUUUGCCAGAGAUCAGGGAUGUAAGCUCCGGGGGCUGCAGCCCGGCAACUACAGCGUGCGCGUCCGGGCCACCUCGCUGUCUGGCAACGGGUCGUGGACAGAGCCCAGUUACUUCUACGUACCUGAUUAUUUGAACACCCCACCUAACCUGGUGGGAGUGAUCGUCCCCAUCAUUUUCACCGUCGUCCUCAUUGGUGUUAUCGGAGGGACCUACAUCCUCAUCAAAAAGAAGCAAACGGAAAGACCAACAGGCCCACUCUACGCAUCCUCCAACCCAGAGUACCUCAGUGCCAACGACGUGUAUGUCCCUGACGAGUGGGAGGUGCCCCGGGAGAAGAUUUCCCUCCUGCGGGAGCUGGGCCAGGGCUCCUUCGGCAUGGUGUACGAGGGAAUCGCCAAGGACAUCGUCAAGGGCGAGGCAGAGACUCGGGUGGCCGUGAAGACGGUGAACGAGUCGGCCAGCCUGCGGGAGCGGAUCGAGUUCUUGAACGAGGCGUCGGUGAUGAAGGGCUUCAGAUGCCACCAUGUGGUUUGCCUCCUGGGGGUUGUGUCCAAAGGGCAGCCCACCCUCGUUGUCAUGGAGCUCAUGGCCCACGGGGACCUGAAAAGCUACUUGAGGUCCUUGCGACUGGAUGCCGAGAACAACCCCGGUCGUCCACCGCCUACUCUUCGGGAGAUGAUUCAGAUGGCGGCAGAGAUUGCUGAUGGCAUGGCUUACCUGAACGCCAAGAAGUUUGUCCACCGGGACCUGGCAGCCCGGAACUGCAUGGUGGCGGAAGACUUCACCGUGAAAAUCGGAGACUUUGGCAUGACCAGGGACAUCUACGAGACAGACUACUACCGCAAAGGGGGGAAGGGUCUCCUGCCCGUGCGGUGGAUGGCUCCAGAGUCCCUGAAGGAUGGCGUCUUCACUGCCUAUUCCGAUGUGUGGUCCUUUGGAGUUGUCCUCUGGGAGAUCAGCAGUUUGGCGGAACAACCUUAUCAAGGGCUCUCCAACGAGCAAGUCCUGAAGUUCGUCAUGGACGGGGGAUCCCUAGAGAGGCCAGAGAACUGUGCCGAGCAGCUCCACGGCCUCAUGCAGAUGUGCUGGCAGUACAACCCCAAGAUGCGCCCCUCCUUCCUGGAGAUCAUCGAGAUGCUGAAGGAGGGGCUCCACUCGGCCUUCCGGGAGGUCUCGUUCUUCUACAGCGACGAGAACAAGCCGCCCGAGACGGAGGAGUUCGAGAUGGACUUUGAGAACAUGGAGAGCAUCCCGCUGGACCCCGCCUCCUACACGCAGCGGGACGAGGUCCUGGGGCUGAACGGGGGGUCCUCCAUGGGGCUGAAAGGCAACUAUGAGGAGCACAUACCUUACACUCACAUGAACGGGGGCAAGAAGAACGGCCGCAUCCUCCGCUCCAGCCCUUCCUAAGACUGGGCCAGGGGAGCGCCCCCCGGCUCUUUCUCCCCCCCCGGAGUUCCUCCUGCCGCCACACUUAGGACUUGCAGUGUCUCUGCCACAAGAUACACAGACUCGCUUUCUAGUCAAAUGUUGAAUCACCCCAAGAUGAUGAUGAUGUUGAUGAUGAUGAUGAUGCAGAGGGGGAAUCCGGGGUCCCUUUUUCUGUCGACUGGCCGUUGAUGGGCCCAUCUGCGAAACACAAACCAACGUUGCCGUGGCUGCUGAUCCCCUCCGGUUUUGAGGUUGGGACUGGCCCCGCAUGGCGGGGCGAGAGAGGAGGAGGAACCUCGGACCGCCUUCAGCCCCACCAGUGGGGAUCUGGGGUUCUUUUCAGAGGGUUCCCAGCCAACCCCACAGCCUUUCCUCUCACCGGCCUCUUUUCUGAACAGUUCCGGUUGCUUCUGGAAGGCAAAAGAAUCUGCAAGACAUCUCCGAAGAGGACUUGCCUUCCUGUCUUGGAGUCCCCCGACAGCUGCUGCCUUCCCUCUUGCUGGGACCAGGUGCAGGCAGGCAGGCGGGUGGGUGGGUUCAGAGCUGCGCACAGAGGAAGGCCCACCUGUUUAGGGUUGAGGCGGCCGUGAGAGUGGCUGGGUCUUGAGUACACGAGCCCGAGGAGUGGGAGCCAGCGCCCGUCCCCUUUCCCCUGCUCUCUUCUCUCCCAUGCCCCCCGGCCUGAAUGAGUUCAGGACAGGAUUAUUUUUAUACUGAUAGGAGAAGAGACCCUCGUCCCUCCUCUCCCUGCAUUCAGCAGACAGAGUAGCCAGAGCAGAAGCCAAAUCUCUUGGGAUUUCGCCAGGGCUCGCGCUCCGGACCCACUUGCAGGUAGCCCCUUUGCCCCGGCUGCCCUGUCCUUGCAGCCCCGAGCCCCUCGGCUCCCCCUGCGCUGCGCAAACUGUAUAUAUGCGUGACUGUGACCUAUUUAAGCCUCCGUCGUAUCCCUCCCAUAACUUAUUGAUGCCUUUGACUUCUUGCUGGUGUUGCUGAGAGGGGAGGGGCUUCCCGUGGCCUCUGAGCUGAUCCUGCCGCCCCGCCCACCCACGGCAGCCCGUGCUUUCAGAGCACGCACAUCUGGCAACAGUUGGAGGUUGCUCUUCAGCUCCCACAGGAGAAGGCUUGGUCUGCCUCUCUUUGGCCUCUGAAGUCAGAGACCCUCUUGCCUCGUCUGUGCAGAAGAGAGUUGGGCGAGGGAUACCUCCCCUUCUCCCCCCCACCCCAGCCUCACUCUCCUUGGAUACGCCUUAGGGCAGUGGUGGCGAACCUUGGGCACUCCAGAUGUUAUGGACUACAAUUCCCAUCAGC